UGCGCACUGCCUGCUCUCGCCCGAGGAGCCGCAGUCUCGAGAGCGCCCGGGCGGCGUUUCGGCGACCUCUGACAAACGUCUCCCGCGAACCCGGCGCCGUUGGACUACUCCCAGGGCGGGGACCUCCGCCGGGCACCGGAGGGAGCCACCAUGCCGAUCAAUAAAUCUGAGAAGCCUGAGAGCUGUGAUAAUGUGAAGGUCGUUGUUAGGUGCCGGCCCCUCAACGAGAGAGAGAAAUCAAUGUGCUAUAAACAGGCUGUCAGUGUCGAUGAGAUGAGGGGAACUAUUACUGUACAUAAGACUGAUUCUUCCAAUGAACCUCCAAAGACAUUUACUUUUGAUACUGUUUUUGGACCAGAGAGUAAACAACUUGAUGUUUAUAACUUAACUGCAAGACCUAUUAUUGAUUCUGUUCUUGAAGGCUACAAUGGGACUAUUUUUGCAUACGGACAAACUGGAACAGGCAAAACUUUUACCAUGGAAGGUGUUCGAGCAGUUCCUGAACUUAGAGGAAUUAUUCCAAAUUCAUUUGCUCACAUAUUUGGUCACAUUGCUAAAGCAGAGGGUGAUACAAGAUUUUUGGUUCGAGUGUCAUAUUUGGAAAUAUAUAAUGAGGAAGUCCGUGACCUUUUGGGCAAGGAUCAGACACAGAGGUUAGAGGUUAAAGAAAGACCUGAUGUGGGAGUUUAUAUCAAAGAUUUAUCGGCUUACGUGGUAAAUAAUGCUGAUGAUAUGGAUAGAAUUAUGACACUAGGCCACAAAAAUCGUUCUGUUGGUGCAACUAAUAUGAAUGAACAUAGUUCCCGUUCCCAUGCCAUCUUUACAAUUACUAUAGAAUGCAGUGAAAAAGGCGUUGAUGGUAAUAUGCAUGUCAGAAUGGGGAAGCUCCAUCUUGUAGAUCUUGCUGGUUCAGAAAGACAAGCAAAAACUGGAGCAACUGGACAGCGCCUAAAAGAAGCUACAAAAAUCAAUCUUUCGCUUUCCACCCUUGGUAAUGUAAUUUCUGCCUUGGUUGACGGAAAAAGCACUCAUGUUCCAUAUCGCAACUCAAAACUGACUCGUCUUCUUCAGGAUUCCUUAGGAGGAAAUUCAAAAACCAUGAUGUGUGCAAAUAUUGGGCCAGCAGAUUACAAUUAUGAUGAAACUAUCAGUACAUUGCGGUAUGCUAACCGUGCUAAGAAUAUUAAAAAUAAAGCUAGAAUUAAUGAAGAUCCAAAAGAUGCUUUGCUUCGCCAGUUUCAGAAAGAAAUAGAAGAACUGAAAAAGAAGCUUGAAGAAGGGGAAGAAAUAUCAGGUUCUGAUAUCAGUGGGUCGGAGGAAGAGGAUGAUGAAGAGUGUGAGGUCGGAGAAGAUGGAGAGAAAAGGAAAAAAAGAAGGGGUAAAAAGAAAGUGUCCCCAGAUAAGAUGGUUGAAAUGCAAGCAAAAAUUGAUGAGGAGAGAAAAGCACUUGAAACAAAGCUUGAUAUGGAAGAAGAAGAAAGAAACAAGGCUAGAGCUGAAUUAGAGAAACGGGAGAAAGAUCUUCUUAAGGCCCAACAAGAACAUCAGUCUUUGCUAGAGAAAUUAUCUGCCCUGGAGAAGAAGGUAAUUGUUGGUGGUGUUGAUUUGUUGGCAAAAGCUGAGGAACAAGAGAAACUUCUUGAAGAAUCUAAUAUGGAACUGGAAGAACGGAGGAAAAGAGCAGAGCAACUUCGCAAAGAACUUGAGGAAAAAGAGCAAGAACGCUUGGAUAUUGAAGAAAAAUAUACCAGCUUACAAGAGGAAGCACAGGGAAAAACCAAGAAAUUAAAGAAAGUUUGGACUAUGCUAAUGGCUGCAAAAUCAGAGAUGGCUGAUCUCCAACAGGAGCAUCAGAGGGAAAUUGAAGGCCUACUGGAGAAUAUUCGACAACUUAGCCGGGAGCUCCGACUUCAGAUGCUUAUCAUUGAUAACUUUAUACCUCAAGAUUAUCAGGAAAUGAUUGAAAACUAUGUCCAUUGGAACGAAGACAUAGGAGAAUGGCAGCUAAAAUGUGUUGCCUACACAGGAAAUAACAUGAGGAAGCAGACUCCAGCUCCUGAUAAAAAAGAGAAAGAUCCCUUUGAAGUGGACCUUUCCCACGUGUAUCUUGCCUACACUGAGGAGAGUCUCCGGCAGUCCUUGAUGAAAUUAGAGAGGCCACGGACUUCUAAGGGGAAAGCAAGGCCAAAGACAGGGCGAAGGGUUUUUCCAGGAAGAUCUAGACCCAGACUGAAGUAGGAUCCUGACCCAGGAUCCUAGCCUGCACAAGCUUCCCCUUUACCCUGUGGGCCUUGAUGGACCAUUGGCGAGGACUUUGGAAGGACAUGUACUUAGUGAACUUGCCAAGAGCCCUCCUGGGUUCUGAUUGUAGUUGGAAAUUAAAGAGCAACACAAGCAUCUCUGGACUGUGAGAGUCAAGAAACCUCCCAUAAAUCUCCAUAUCUUUGGAGGCUUAGUAAGUGAGCAGAGGUGGGGAAGCUAAGGGGGAAGGCAGACACUAAGCUGUACGUGCACAGGUGCAUACCUGUGCUGCUGGAGAGAGAACAAUGUGGUUCAGGAAGACCAAAAAGACAAGAGCCCCUUUGCUUAUUUUUUCAUCAAAAUCUCAUGAGACUUUUAUAAAACUUUGGCUUGGAGCCUAGAAAUUAAACUGCCUCUGUUUUGAGUAUAUGGCCUUAUAAUACAGGAAAACACCCUCUAGGCAAAUUCUUCAAUGUACUUUCCAAAGACGAUUGGGAUAUAAAGGAAUUGAAGAGUUCAAAUCAAAUGGAAAAACUCUAAAAGAACUGAUUCUAAAGGCAGUUUUCAUUAAGACUUUAAAGUUUUAGUUCCAUUGAAAUUGCAGCUACAGGAUCCUACUAUGAACUACUGAAUGACCACUGGCAUCUGCUUGACCAGCUUUCGCUGCCUGACAAUGUCUUGUGUGGCUCAGGAGGCACACUUUGACAGCCUGGUGGACCUUGCAGUUCAGGACUGCUCAAGAAAAGAAACUGCACUGGGGAACUUAGGCCUAUGCUAGAUAGAAGCCUAACACUCAUGGGAAUAUCAGCAAUUGGUGGAACACGAUUUAGGGCUGCUUCUCUGGCAAAGAUGCUGUUAGAUUUCUAACAUGGCUCUUGACUAGCUUCAUUUAGGGCCAUAAAAAUCUAGUCCUGUGUGAUCCCGGAGUUCCAGGAUCAGGUCCCACGUUGGGUUCCUGCAUGGAGCCUGCUUCUCCUCCCUCUGGCUCUCUGUG